AUGGACAGCAAUCAGCCCAAUGCUUAUCUCAACGUGCCCGUGACCGACGCGGAGCGGGCUCAGGCUAACAAUCAAUCACCCCGAGAUGACAGCUCCGACAGACUCUUACCGGAAUCACAGCUCCCUCCGCCAGAAGAGACAGCAUAUCGAAAUGACCCAGUGCCUCUUCGAUUUCCUUCCAUACAUGCUCCUCCCGUCAUAAGGAAUUUUCCCCCAGCCAUUGCCCAAAGACUCGAUUCCCGCCAAUAUGCCCCAAUUUCCCCUAUUCACGAAGAAGACGAAGCCCACUCCAUCGCCCUCCGCGAGCCGUCGGAACGACUAGCCGACGAUGGUUAUUUACUCGCACCUCCAGGACCAACUCCUCCAUUAUGGACUCCCAUCUGGUUGAAGCAAUGGGUGCUGGGCCUCUUUGCUCUUUUAUUCGCACUUCUCCUGGUAGCCCUGGUUCUGCUCUGGCACUACGAUGAGCAGAACGAUGGAUUCGAAGUGGCCGAAGGAACAAGCCAUUACGCCUGGGCAUAUACGCCCACCGUAAUUGCUGUCCUGAUCGUGGCGGCCUGGAGAAUGGUAGACCACCAUUCCAAGUUAGCCAUGCCUUUCGACAGUCUUCAGAACGGUCCAAUCAAACCUUCUGAAAGUCUUCUGGUCGACUAUAUCUCGAAUUUCCAACUCGUAUCACUAUAUGAAGCAUUUAAAAACAGCCAUUUUGCCGUCACUACCACCAUCACUGGAUUUAUCCUGUUAAAAGUUGUCACUGUUUUCUCUACCGGAUUGCUGGUUCUGCUUCCGACCCAAGUAGCUCAAACGGGCUCAUCAGUUCAGGUCCAGGGGUUCACUGCGAAUGCUUUCGACCCCAAUACUGCAUUGGAUUCUUCGACUUUCUCGGCCUUGCCCGUGUACGCAUAUUAUGGAAGUAUGGCUCAGGGAAUGCCACUGGAAAAUGGUGUAACUUUUGACCUGGCUUAUGGCGCCAUGACCGUCAAUUCUAAUUCUUCGAUUGGAGAUGACACCAUUAUCUCGGGCACUGUUGACGCAUUUGUACCCAUUAUGACAUGCCAACAGUUGGAUGCGAAGUUGGACAGUCCAGCGAUUGUGAACGACACCAAUGCCGAUAGCGCAUUUGCGACCUCGAGCAACAUAUCUCUCACCAUCCAAGCGGGGGAUGUGUGCGAUCAAUUCUCUUCGAUCAGCGUACCUGCUGACAACCCAUAUACCGAAAUUCUUCCCGAGCGUCAGGUCUUAGGCACCAUGCAGGAAAUCUAUUGUGGAACCACGAACGGGAGCGUUGCAGAUUCGAAGGGUCCCGUGGGGUUGUUGUUCACCAUCACCGACAUCAACUACCAACAGACUCUAUUUGACAAUGCCAGUGAUCUUGCUGGUGGGACAUUUACCAUUGCAAGUGGCGUCUCUAGAACGCUCACCAAUAUGACAAGUGUCUUCUGCACACCCUCGUAUACGAUGACCCAAGUCAAGGUAACCAACAAUACUCAGAUCCUCGACAGCAAUCAAGCCAUAUCCGUGACUUUACAGAAAGAUGCCACCAACAGCACACUUUCACAAUUUUCGAAUUGGAACGCGUCCAAUGUCCUUGUGCAAUCCUCUAUUUCUGCUGAAACCCUCUUUGGAGACACAAUCAACGAUGACACAAUUUCCGACUCCAGUGCCAUAUUUACUCUCAUGGCCAUGACUCGAGGUUCUGAGAACAUCGAUUCACUACUGGACUCAGACAAAAUGAUUUCAGCUGCUCAAGAUACAUACAAGGGAAUAUUGUCACAAUAUGCCCACCAAACCUUGAGGGCUACCAACAGCGAUGACAUCGAAGAUGGCACCGUGACUCGUGAGGAACGCCGACUGCGUAUCAAUGAUGUUUCUCUGUGGACCAUGGCGUCAAUUUUUGGAUUACUGGUACUUUUCUGCAUCGCGCUGAUUUUCAUUGCUCCUAGAGCGGUCGUGCCACGCGAUCCCAGUUCAAUCGCCGCGAUUGCAACGAUUCUCACCAGAAGCACUGAGUUGAACAGACUGCUUCGAAGACAAGGUGCACCAAGCUAUGCAAACCAGAAGUCCGCCUUGGCUGGAUUUGAAUUCGGCACAGCAAUCGCAACAACGGAGUCCGGAAAGACAAGCUUCAAGAUUGUUACCUCCGAAGGUGAACUGGACGAACCGACUCCCAAGCCCAAUACGGAUAUUAAAUGGUGGCUACCGAUUACAGCAACAAUCCCGGUAAUCGUCCUUACACUGAUUCUACCGUUGGCCAUUAUCGUGGUCCUGGAAAUUGUCCAACGCUCUUCAGACGAUAGCAAUGGCUUCUACACCGUGGCGGACGACAAGUGGACUGAAGUUUACAGUCACUAUAUUCCAGGUAUCGUGAUGCUGAUUCUUGCAACAUUAGUCAACAUGCUUGACUUCAAUGUGGCUCUGUUUGGACCUUGGAUCAAUCUGGCAAAUGGUAACGCCAUUAGCAAGAAAUCCCUGCUGAAUCACAUAUUGGGAAGGUCGCCUCCUUUUGCGUUCCUACAAGCUCUCCGGACACGAUACGUAGGCGGGAUCCUCAGUAUCUUAGCCGCAACCCUGGCAAGUAUUCUUACAGUUAUCGCCUCUGGGCUGUACACGGUGGAGCAUUUCACCGUUGAAGGCCCUGAUGUAUCGCUCAAGCAACUCGACUCUUUCACAUUGAGUUGGCCAAACAGCUUCACCACCGACAACGGAGCCGCCGCCAUGACGGAUCUCAUUAUGCAUCAGAAUUUCAACUACCCGCAAUUCACCUAUGAAGGACUUGUCUUUCCGAGCCUCUCCCUCGACAAUUCGGCAUUGACGACAGAUUCUCUGACAUCUGUCAGUGGCUCUUCCAGUCAUGUCUUCCCUGGAGUUCGCGGCAAUCUAAGAUGCGAGGUUCUGCCUGCGUCGUCCUUCAAUUUGACCACUGAGAAGGCUGGAUCAGAUUCGGCGUAUUCAACUGAUCAAGCUUUCGUCACUGCAACUGCGGCACUUCCCGAUUCAUGCCAUCUCGGUGGUUAUACAGGCACGGAUUCUGUUGUUACCUACGAAAACAACUUCGAGCUCCCUGAGGGCGGAGAAGGGACAUAUGCCGGCGCACAACUUGACCUCUUAUUUGGUGAGAACGCCACGCUGUACGGGAAUUAUGGUGAAGCCCGUGGUCAGUACAUUGGCGACAAUCCGGCCGUGGGUUGCCCUAGUCUGGCGUUCACAUUUGGUCAUUUCAAGUUGGACAACACAGACAAAAGUCAAGUCACCACCAUGAUCUGCUACCAGGAAAUACAAGGCUUUCAAGCAAACGUUACAUUAAAGCUGAAUAGCACAACCAUCGACCCAGAUCAUCCUCCGGUAGUGGAUGAGGGAAGCAUUUCCCUCGAGGAAAACCCAGCCAGUAAUAUCGGUGCCAAAUCUUUCGAUUUUCGAAUCCAGAAUAAUCUCGCUCAAGAGAUGACUCUGUUCAACGGCGGGAGUGGUACGCCUGCAUCCGAUCCUUCAAGUACCAAUACAUUCGAUAUCUACUUCCAAGCAAUUAUCAAUGGGACAGAAAAACACGACCCGACAUCUCUUGCCGGCGAAAAUAACCAAGAUGUCCUCGUCGACGCAAUCAACAAAUUCUACCGCAUUUACAUGGCUCAAGCCAUAUCCGUGAACAUGCGUGCACCGUUGGACAGCAGCACUCCUUCUCGCCUUUCCCGACGACAGGAUUCUACCGCAAGUACAUCCACCACUAUAACGACGCCACGCCUCGUCCAAGAUAAUGCCAGCAAACUAACACUACAAAUCCUCCUCGGGAUCAUGACUGCUCUUUCCGCCGCGGCAUGGCUCACCACGAAAAUGCGGCGGGUGCUCCCCUGCAAUCCAUGCUCUCUGGCAGGCGCGAUGUCACUCCUAGCUGGCAGCGACCUCUGUCACAGCGCGGACGAUGGACUCUGCGAAUGCUGCGGCAAACCGCGGCGGCGUUCCUUUGGAUUCGAAGACGGCAAUCGACCCGUCAGCAUCCAUGCCGGACCAGAUGAAGACGACGAUGAUGAGCGGGAACAAAUCAUCCCAGAUGGCGCGGAGUGGAUGCCACAGUCGCAGUUCGAGACCUUAUUUGGUGGGAAAAGGUAUAGCAUGGGCUGGUGGCGCGAGCGGAAAUCCAUUGGCAAGCGACGGCGGUUUGGUGUCGAUGUUGGCGCCAGGGCCGACGGCGCGGACGACCAGGACUGGGAGCUCGGAGAGCGAAGACCCGAAGGCCAGGGCUUCAGCGAUUUCAUGAUGAGAGGCGGCGAUCGCGACGGCAGAGGCGAGUAUUCUCGCUUCGGAGCUCCCAGUCCCGACCCUGCCGCCAUGGACGCAGGUUUCCCUCAAGAUCCCCCUGGACCGAGCGUGACGAGACCGCCGAUGGCAUCAGGGAUGGGAAUAGGUAUAGGAGGUGGUGAACCCGGUCCAGCCACGUUGGCUAGACGACAGACUGGUUCCCUCACGGGCGGUGAAGCAUAG